AAAGAAAUGUUGGUUAAGAUCUCUGCAUUCAUUCAUUCAUUCAUUCAUUCAACAAACGUUCAACAAACCACUACUGUACAUCAAGACCUGUGCUAUGCGCUAAGAAUACAGACAUGAAUGGACUCCAAUCCGAAAGCAAUGCGAUUGGAGCUGUCAAAACUUUGUCUAGAAGGUGCUGUUGGUUUCCGGAAGGGUCUUACCAUUCAUUGGAUCUCUAGAAGAUUCUCUGGCCGCGUGGUCUGGGCACACCGGUCUUCUUCUCAGGAAUCUCAUCAGCGCAUUGUUACGAGAUUAGGAAGUGGCUGCCUGUAGUAUUUUCCAAAGGAUAAACAUUCAAAGCAUUGGAUACUGCACACAGCUCACCAAGAAGAUUCUAUUGAUUUGGGGGAACACAGCUUCCAACUUCCAGCAGCCACAAGGGAUGCUGCCCCUCAGGUGCCAUCUGAAACGAGCUCCUCCUCAGAAGAUUUUGUGUAGGUUCUGCGCCAUGAUGGGGAAACUGCAAAGCAAACUCAAACACAGCACUUAUAAAUACAGCAGGCCCGAUGCAAUUAUAGAAGAGAGAAUUCAAGCUACAGGUUUUCAGGAGUAUAGCCCAGCUCACUCGGACACCGUCUCUGUUGUUGCUGCUCUGAACUCAGACCUCUGUGUCUCCGGAGGAAAAGACAAGACAGUUGUGGCCUAUAACUGGAAAACCGGAAAUGUGGUGAAAAGGUUCCGAGGACAUGAACAUGACAUCACCAAGAUAGCCUGUCUUCACAAAUCAAACCAGUUCUUCAGCGCCUCUCGGGACAGGAUGGUCAUGAUGUGGGACUUGCACGGCUCCUCGCAACCCAGGCAGCAGUUCUCGGGCCACGCCAUGGUGGUCACUGGGUUAGCUGUGAGUCCUGACUCAUCACAGCUGUGCUCUGGCUCUCGGGACAACUCCCUACUCCUGUGGGACGUGGGGACUGGACAGUGUGUGGAGAGAGCUUCGGUCUCCAGGAACCUGGUCACUCACCUGUGUUGGGUCCCCAGAGAACCAUAUGUUCUGCAGACUUCUGAAGAUAAAACCAUCAGAUUAUGGGACAGUCGGGGGCUCCAGGUGGCUCAUAUAUUUCCUGCAAAGCAACACAUUCAGACCUACUGCGAGGUCAGUGAGGAUGGACACAGGUGUCUCUCCUGCAGCAAUGGCUUUGGAGGAGAAGGCUGUGAAGCCACGUUGUGGGACCUAAGACAGACGCGGAACAGAAUAUGUGAAUAUAAGGGGCAUUUCCAGACUGUGGCAUCUUGUGUGUUUCUACCAAGAGCAUUGGCCUUGAAGCCUAUAAUCGCUACCUCAUCACAUGACUGCAAGGUGAAGAUUUGGGACCAAGAUACUGGAGCCUGCCUGCUCACCUUGUCUCUGGAUGGAUCAGGACCUUUGACUUCCCUGGCCAUUGGUGACACCAUCUCCUUGCUAUGUGCAAGUUUCCACAGAGGAAUUCACUUGCUCCGAGUGGACCACAGCCCAAGGCUGGAACUUCGGGAAGUGGCAGUAUUCUGAGGCCGAGAGAAGUUUGCUGGACCAAAUCAAAGCAUGGCCUCUCCUUUCUCAGUGUGGCUUUGUUUUUCCAUGUUAUCUUCAGGGAGGGCAGAGUGGGGUUGGUGUUCUUUGUUUAGUUCACUUAGAAGGUAUGUCAGUGUUAGAAGUCAUUUUGAAGCCAGUGGUUCAGAAUCAGGUACAGAGUUUAGAGACAUGGAUUAAACAUAAGGUUCUCAAUCUGUGUUAAAUCCAAAUGCAAGUUUUAGCGAGCUCUUGGGACUGCUCUUCAGAAAAAAUAUUUAUGGCUCAAAUGGUGACCUGUUAGGUCUCUGUCAUAGGCCUCUGUGAGAUUCAAGAUACAGUCUGUUGAACUGACCUGUUCCAUGUCUCCACAAAAGGAAGAAAAGCAAGGGGGAGAAACACUCUGCUUUGCUUGCCUCAAAAUUAUCCACACGGGAAAGGACAGUGUGGCUCCAGAGAGGAAAUACAUUGCAGACAUGAGACUCAGCUCCAGUCACUGCUCCUCAGCAAGAGAGCAAAAACCUUGGCUUCUACUAAAACUAGCAGAUCCCUGCUAGACCAGUGCAAGGUUGCAUGAAAAUCAGACCUGAGAUGGCUUGAAGAGGCCGACAAUCCCAAGAACCUUGUCAGAAUUAUAGUAGUUACCAAGCUGGGUCUGUGGAUAAGAAAAUGGAGAGGUUGCGAGAUUAACGCUAAAACAUUUUUAUUUGUACAUU